CCCCAUCCCAGCCUCUGAUCAAUUUCUCAAGGUGUUCUCUGCAAAGCUGAAGAUGGCGACAGACUGAGGGGGAAAUAGAAGAGCGGGGGGGAAGCCGGAGCACUAGGAAUCCAGGAUGAGCAGGAACAAGAACGGCAACCCCCCUCAGAAAAGAAGAGAACAUAGACAAAAGGAAGGGAGAACAUCUAAACAAGACUAAAAAAGCAGAGUCCACCCGAAAGGAUGAGGGUCAGGAACUGAUUUUAUUUCUUGUUAUGCAUAUGUUUGGAAGGAUUAUGCAUUUUCUUGGAUACAUUAGCACCUAAGGGAUGCUCAAUGGGUUGUUUUCGUUUUCUAUCUGUUUUUUGCCUUUCUUUAUUUUCUUUGCAACACCCGGCUUGACAUAGUGGAUCUAUGGGGCUGAUUUGUAUUUAUUCACAAUAUGAAAUGGAUCCCUUUGAAAAUAUAGAACAAAGACUGUGCGACUUGAUUCCUUUUCCGUUUGGAUUUUUUCCCCAGCCAUCAGAAUGAUGAUGCCCAUCUCAAUAUGCUGCCGAAGAUGUAGGUGACAUUGUUUUAUUUCUGUAGGAGAAAAAUAGGAGUGGAGCGACGAGCAUCACGACCGGAGAUCCUUUAUUUUUUGUCUCCCUGUCCCCCCCGCCCUCUACCCCUCCCCCGCCCCCCUAAAAUAUGAUCAGGGGGGCUUGGAUGUAUCGAAGGGAAGAUGACGCCGUGCUGAAAAUCUGCUGCGCGCCGAGACAGAACGACAAGCCCUGCGCCGAUUCGGAGAGGGCACAGAAAUGGCGAAUGUCUCUCGCAUCCCUCUUAUUUUUCACUGUCCUGCUCUCUGACCACCUCUGGCUGUGCGCUGGGGCCAAGUUCAGGUCCAAAGACAGGGGUUUGGGCUACACCAACAACAACGCAACAGGAGAUGGUGGUGGUGAGGUCUACCUAAGGAUCACAUCCAAUCCUAAUUUGCAACUGGUGGUAGGAGAUCCGCAUUUUGUAGAGGCGGGGAGGUGUGAAGAUAUUUUUAUAAGCAAUUUGACCAAAUCUGCUGCUCCGGUACCGCCCUGCAUUGGUGCCCACGUUCACCUGGAUUUGGACUCAGCCUGCACCCAAUUGCAAUCCUUGCUGCAAGGAGACUGUACAUCUUCCUUGUCCUUAAACAAGAGCUCCUUGUUGGCUUAUUUUAAAUCAUUCAGCCUUUCCUUUUGUGAUUCCUACACUAUCUCGGACCUGCUGCUCUCGGGGAUGGCCCGCGGCCCCGACAGCCUGAACUGCAGCUUGGAGAACCUUAUUUUGGAUUUGGGCCGGACCAGUGUGGCCGGGGAUUGGGAGGUGUGCAGCAGCUGCGUCCAGGCUUACCAGACGCUGGAUCAACAUGCUCAGGAAAAAUAUGAGGAGUUCGACUCCCUGCUGGAGAAGUACCUUCAAGGAGAGGAAUACUCUGUACGAUCGUGCUUGGGGGACUGCAAGGUAAGAGGAAAGAGCACGGUUCCAGACAUAUAUGCUAUGAUCAAUACUACCAAGUUGAGUUUGCCAGACUCAAGUUACUAUACUCUUAGAACGUACUUCAGUCCCUUUGCCACCUCUGCUCACUGAAGAAUAUAGGAAAAGUCAUUGCACCUCCUACAUACCGCAGCUCCACCUCCAAAACGUGAGGAUUUGUUUUUUAGGAGUUUACUGUUGUAAUCACAUUCAACAAAAUGUGUAUACAGUGCUUUUUUUUUUUAUAUAGCAGCAAGACUGCUUGUAACGGUGUAAAUCGGGGAGACCGCAUUCAUAUGUUUAUUAAGGUUUAGGGAAGUUUAAUGCAUUGUGUUGUCUCUGUAGCCUCUUAAGAAGAACAUCUUAGUCAAGAAAAGCACUACAGCAUAAUCUAUUUCAGCAGUGAAUGUGUUUUUUUGUGCAUGAAAGGAAGUGGAGUUCUGAGAUUCUAGCAUAGCUUUAAUGGGUCAUUUUAUAUUACGCUUGAUCUCUUUGUAUUGUGUAUAAAAUGAUGAUACAAAUCAUGAAAAAAACUUAUACUGAUGGCAUGCAUGUA